AUGGCGCUGGACCUGCUGCAGCGCGCUGCACCAUCGCGGCCAUCGCCACUCAACAAGUAUGAGCUCGAGAGGCAGGAGCGUAUCGAGGCGAACCGCCGCCGGAUGGAGGAGCUCGGCGUGCUGGAGACGGCGCGCAACCUGAUGGUCACGAUUAACGCCGCCAAGCCCCAGCGCCCCUUCCAGCAGCGCAACCCACGGAUGCCCCGCGUGGUGCGGCCGCGUAAGAUCCGCCGCUCGGGCCGCAACAAGGGUCGCAAGGGGCCCGACUACUCGGCCCUCAACAGGGGAGAGGUUGACCCCUCAGCCGGCGCGGCCGCGGCCGACGGCGACGGCGAGGGCGCGGCGGCCGGCGGGGCCGAGGGCGAGGGCGAGGGCGGCGACGCGGCGUCGUCCGACUGGGAAGGGUCGGAGCUCGACGACCUGCUGGCAGGCAUCACGUGCCACUUCUGCCGCCAGAAGAAGCUCUGCGGCGAGGACGGCUGCCCGCGCUGCAGCCGCCGCAGCAUGUCAGCAGAGUGCAUUGGCAAGUCCGACUGGGCUGCGGCGGCCGCCGCGAACGCCCCGCCACCAACUGCCCAGCUCACCGGCUGCCCGCGCCGCCGCCUCUCCAGCCUGUCGGAAGCCGGCCCGUGCGGCGCCGCGCCAGCGGCCAGCCCUUCUUACAAGCACGCGCGUCUCGCCCUGCCCGUCAUGACCCACUUCCGCAGCUCCCGCUGCCACGGCGCCACUGGCCGCUUCUGCCGCGCCUGCCUGCUGCUGCGCUACGGCCAGACCAUCGAGGAGGCGCGGGAGCAGAUGGCGGCGGGCACGUGGCUGUGCCCCCACUGCUACGAGGCGGAGCACCCCGCGGACGGCUGGAUGUGCAACAGCUCGAUAUGCAUGAAGCGCCGCGGCUUCAAGUCCGUCGCCAAGGCGUUCACAUGCUCACCGCCGGGGACGCCCUGCGCGGGGCCCACGCACCGUGCCAGCCCUUGCGGCCGCCUCACCUGA